UCAUCACAUAAUCCUCCAUAUUGAAAAGCUAUUAGGUGUUGUGCUGUAGCCAUUUUGCCAGUACCUGUUAGGAUUAGCCUUCCAAAUGGACGAAUAUCAGUCAGCAGAAGAAACAUCCUUCGUCGUGGAUGAGGUGAGCAACAUCAUCAAAGAAUCAGUUGAAGGCGCCAUCGGUGGAAACGCAUAUCAACACAACAAAGUGAACCAGUGGACUUCCAAUGUGGUCGAGCAGUGUUUGAAUCAACUAACCAAGCUUGGCAAGCCUUUCAAGUACAUCGUGACCUGUGUGAUCAUGCAAAAGAACGGGGCUGGUCUUCACACCGCAAGCUCUUGCUUCUGGGAUAAUACUUCAGAUGGCAGCUGUACGGUGAGAUGGGAAAACAAGACCAUGUACUGUAUCGUCAGCGUGUUUGGAUUGGCGAUUUAAUCUCUAAACAAGCUGAUGUUGAACAGUUUUAACCCCUCACGAACAUUGCCAUGCAAGGGACUUUUUUGUGUAACAUAUAGUUUCUUAGAUGUUUUAAGAGUGACGGAAUUGUGUGUGAAGGUCUG